AUGAAUAGAGGGAUCCAAGAAAGAGAGGAUGUUAACACUGUCAUGAGGAAGCUUUUGGAAGAGAGCAACAUGAUAAAGGAUAACCUCAGAAGGGUUGUUGAUCAGCUGGAACGUAGAAUGGCCAGGCAGAGCCACUCCUCUUUCACCCCAACUAGUGAAGUGAUUCAGUUGACUAAUAAUAUAUUGGUUGACAUCGUCGGUGUUGUUGUCUAUGUUGGAGAUGUCGCAAUUCAUAGAAAGGAUGGUAGUCAAACUAAGAAGCAGAUUGUUAAAAUUAAUGAUCUGUCCAGUUUCACAAUUGAUAUCAAUCUAUGGGGGCCAACAUCCGGACAAAGAGGCCAUGACUUAAAAAAUAUGUUAUCCCCUGAUGUUGUUCUUAUCCUUGUUGUAAGCAAUGGUCGUGUAGGGUACUUUAAUAGGAAGGUUGUCAAUAUGACAUUUGCAACAACACUACAUAUUAAUCCUCCUUUCCCAGAGGCAGAACCCCUCAUGCUAAGAGGAUCUCUUCCAUUGCAUCCUCAUGAUUUCUCUUCGGGAUUUACUCAUAUUGAUGGAAGAUACAACAGGAUGACUAUUGCAUCGAUCCGUGAACGCAUGAGUGCUAUACUAGAAACAAUUCAAACCACUAUGGUUGAUGUUAUUAGAUUUGUGAACGUAACAAAUGAUGACUUCUAUUAUGCAACUUGUCCACUGAAAGUUAAUGGAAUAGAUUUGAUAAAAAGAACUACAAAAGAGCUUUACAUGCUCCAAAAUGAUGUCAGCAUAACAUUGACACCUUGUGUUGUCAUUAAUACAGUUGUUUCGCAUCGCUACAUGUUCACUCUGUUGGUUUGUACUGACACAUACAAUUUUGAGCCUAAGUUGAAGGUUGCAAUUAACAAGGUCUAUGAGGUUGAUUAUAUAGCUGAGUGCAAUGCUUUACUUGUAGAUAUUGCUCACCUCUCUGCCCAACCUUAG